AUGUUAACCCUACGAAGACAAUUGUUCAAAGGCAGGUUGAAAAAGGCACUCGAGCCUCCUCCACCAAGUCAUUAUGAAUAUUCAAUCUCACCAAAAACGUAUAACUUCAAAGUUCCUUCAACGAAACAAACGCUCAACCCGAUACAACUAAUAUAUCAAAAGGCAGUUAAUUUUCCGUUUGACAAAUCGAAUGAAGAAGUCUACAACUCCUACCCGAAGGUGACGGCAAAUCAGUUGCUUGAUAGAAAGAGUCGACCAAGAGGAGUGCUGAUGAGCACCGCUGAUUUCAUUGAAGACCUGUUGUAUAAUAAGCAUUAUGGUUACUUUGCCAAAGAAGCAGAAAUUUAUCAUCCCGACAAACCAUUCAGCUACCCAAAUGUGAAGGAUAUCGAUGGAUUCAUGGAGGCUUGGGGCGAGUCGUAUUCAAAGUAUGAACAAGAUGACACCAAACCACUCCAAUUAUGGCACACCCCUACUGAGUUGUUCAAUCCUUAUUAUGGAGAGAGUUUGGCUCGUUAUAUUCUAUUCAAUUACAAACUCAAUGGCAACUAUCCUUAUGAGGAUUUGAUAAUAUACGAAAUGGGGGGAGGUAACGGAACACUUAUGUGCAAUAUCCUCAAUUACAUUAAAAAACAUGAACCGCUGAUAUACGCUAAAACGCAGUACAAAAUUAUUGAAAUAUCCCAACAGCUAGCAAAAAAACAGAAAGCAUCAUACAGCAAAAGAUUACAGGAGGAAGGAUUGAAUACAGACAUGUUGGAAAUCCACAAUGUUUCCAUAUUCGAUUGGAAAAAAGUUGUUGAAGAACCUUGUUUUUUCAUAGCUUUGGAAGUGUUUGAUAAUUUUGCUCAUGAUUUGAUUGCAUAUGAUAUGAAUACAGGAGAGCCAACGGAGGGUAAGGUUUUAAUUGAUAAAAAGGGUGAUUUCUACCAAUUUUUCACACGCGAGUUGAGCCCUUAUACCAAUGCGUAUCUACAACUCAGAGAGCAUGGAAAGUUUUCGGUCCUCAAGUACCAAACGACGUUCAAAGGAAAAUUCGAAAGUGCAAAGAGCUUCUACAAGUCAGUACACCCAUUGCUAGAAUCAGCAACCAAGCUUAAAAUAAAACAAAUGGUAUUCCCAUUCAAUGAUGACUUGUCGACUCCUGAAUACAUCCCAACAAGGCUUCUCCAAUUCUUUCAAAUUUUGAAACACAAAUUUCCCAAUCACUCAUUGAUCAGCUCGGACUUCCACUAUUUGCCCAAUACCAUCAGAGGGUUCAAUGCACCUGUAGUUCAAACAAUGCUAAAGAAGGAGAUGGUGGAUGUUCGAACCUACAUGGUGCAACAAGGAUACUUUGAUAUAAUGUUUGCUACUGAUUUUGAAAUAGCCAAUGACAUGUACCAAAGGGUGACAGGCAAAGACUCUAGAAUAAAUACACAUAGAGGAUUUCUAGAACAGUGGGCUGAUGUGGAGGCUACAACGACAAAGGAUGGAGAAAAUCCAAUGUUGGAUUUUUAUAGAAAUGUGAGUUUCCUCACUAGUUAA